CUGAGGUGAACAAGCCACCCCCGGCUAGGUAGUCCGCGAACUGUGCGUUAUUUUUAGAUGCAGGUACACGCUAGCUUGCCCGAUAUUUAGCUUAUUACGGUAACAUCACCAGCAGUCUCAUCUUUGUGGUGCUUGGUUUUUUCUAAGGCACGAGAAUCUAAGGAUUUCCGCAAUGUCCUCGGACGAAGACAGAGCCAAGGAGAUCUUGAAGGGCUUCAGACUUAACUGGAUGAACCUUCGGGAUGCAGAGACAGGCAAAGUGCUUUGGCAGGGAACUGAUGACCUGUCUUUACCAGGAGUCGAGCAUGAAGCCCGUGUCCCCAAGAAGAUCUUGAAAUGUAAAGCAGUGUCCAGAGAAUUAAACUUCUCGUCCUCAGAAAAACUGGAGAAGUUCAGGCUGGAACAGAAAGUCUUCUUCAAAGGACAGUGUCUAGAAGAAUGGUUCUUUGAGUUUGGCUUUGUCAUCCCCAACUCAACCAACACGUGGCAGUCCCUCAUCGAGGCAGCUCCAGAGUCCCAGAUGAUGCCUGCUAAUGUCCUAACUGGUAACGUGAUCAUUGAGACCAAGUUCUACGAUGAUGAACUUCAUGUCAGCACCUCAAGGGUACGGCUUUUCUAUGUCUGACCUUGGACCCCUGGACCCCUACUGUUCUAAUGUUGACUUCCUAUCAAGAUCUAUAAAUUACCAAGUUGAGUUGUGAUUCUUAGCUGAUGCUGACAUGGCAUGCUGACACAGCAAAUUCUGGUCCCAGUGUUGGUUCCAGAGUCACUGAAAUGUUGUCAAGGGAACUUGGUUGUUUUACUGUCAUUGUCUUAUCCUGAAUAUUUUGUAGACCUCCCUCCCCACACCAUCCCAGAGGCGAGAGGGAGAGGUCAUCUUUUUCUGUCUGCUAUUCCAAGACCGUCUCACCCUCCCUCCCCCAGCAGACUGUUCCACUUUAAACACCAGGGAGAUAACAAUGUAAAUUCCCUUGAUAUGUACAUUUUGACUCAAAAGCUCCUCAAGAGUCCAUCAAAGCAUAAAACUGAUUUGAAUUUCUAAGCUAGGUUUUCACCUUACAAGAUUUCUAAGCUAGGUUUUCACCUUACAAGAUUUCUAAGCUAGAUUUUCACCUUACAAGAUUUCUAAGUUAGGUUUUCACCUUACAAGAGUUCUUCAACAUUUUAAGAAUGUGUUUCUGCUUGCUUCAGACGGUACGUAUUUAGUAAAUGGCGCUGGGAAAGCAGUUUUCAAAGAAAUAAUAACUCCUGUCACACCACAGGUUCAGGGAACAAGAGUACUGAUGUAUAGCUAGGGAGAAGAGUCUUCUGUGGCCUGGUUCAUGAAGGAAUCAUUCAACUCAUUUCAGAUUUCAGAUGUAAACUGAUGAGAACGGGAUGCCAGAAUGAUGGAA